AUGGAAACACUUGCCGUCAUAGGUCUGGUCGCCAACAUCGUACAAUUCGUCGAUCUCAGUGUUCGUGCCAUUAAGUCUAUUGAUGAGAUACGACAAUCUGCACGCGGCAUGACGAAGGAGACGGAAAGUCUAGAGACAGUUACCGAGACGAUGCGCGAUUUCAGCUUGACGGAUCUCUCCCUUACUGCUGAUUCAAACAAUUCAAUACUCCAAAAGGUCGAGGAGCAGACGUCGAAACUUCAGAGAGGCGUCACAGUCACCUCGUUCAGCAAAGAUGCACAGCAACAAAUUCGAUCGUUACUAGGAACCUCGCAAGAUGAAGUAACAACAGAGGCACAACAUCAAAUUCGUCGAGGUCUCUCCUUUGAGCUCAUGCGAUAUCGCGAAGAAGCCAUAAUGCCAGCAAACUCCGAAACUUUCCAAUGGUUGCUAAGUGGAAGAGCGACUUCAAGCGCUGAGCUCACCACGAGAGCGCGAGAAACGUUUCUCCAGUGGCUUUCUUCCGGCUCGGGUAUCUUCCACAUAUGUGGCAAACCAGCUUCUGGAAAGUCAACGAUGAUGAAGUUUCUAUACAAUGAUCGACGCACACAAGAAAGACUGGUGUCUUGGGCGGGAUCUUCGAAGCUGGUCCGCGCCCGGUUUUUCUUCUGGAGUCAAGGAGCCUCAAGCACUUACUCCAUCCACGGCAUGAAGCGAAGCCUCUUACACGACAUAUUGGAAGCGUGCCCUGAGCUUGUUCCUGUCAUCUUCCCCGACGAGUGGUUGGCCAUCAACUCCGAGACUGCGCCGAAAAAUCUCAAAUUCGAAUUCACCGUGAGUCAGGUUCAUGAUGCUUUUGGUGUUCUUCUAGAUCUUCACCAAAUCUACGAAAGGCACCGUUUCUGCAUCUUCGUUGAUGCUCUGGAUGAGUUGCAAGAGACCCACCCCAAAGAUCACUACAAUCUGGUGUGUAUGCUCCAGGACUGGGGAAUUGCUUCCAAUGGCAAUGUGAAGUUCUGUGUGUCUAGUCGAGAGUAUGCAGUCUUCGAUGGCACCACAUCAGGCGACCACUGGAUACGUGUUGAAGAUAUGAACCGUGAGGACAUAUCUCGAUUCGCCAGAGACAAAUUUCGGUUCUUUGUUGAAGAUGAAGUAAUUCGGGAACGCUGCGUGAAGGCAAUUGCUUCUAGGGCUGAGGGUGUGUUCUUGUGGGCGCAACUCGCGAUCCAGACCCUCCAACGCUCCUAUGAUGAGGGUGAUACUCUAGAUCCAGACCGACAGCUUGAUCAAACGCUGCUUUCGACGCCAUAUGCAUACCGUCAUUGGUUUUCGACGAAGAGCCGGAAAGGGCGUCAGAUCUACGCUAUGAUAGCUCUCCUUGCCAAGGAAGGCGCGAUGCUACCACUGUUCUCUUGCUCCUUCCUCGAACUGUAUUCGCGCGACCCAAAAACCGGGAUUGGACAGGGGACUACGAUACCCGAUGCACAAAAGAUCGGCCCGGGCGAGCAAGAGACUUGGAUGGACGACUGGAACAGCAAAACGCGAAAGUUGGUAGAAGACGAAUGUGGGCAUUUAGUCAGCAUUACGAACGUGCGGCAGGGAAACGGAGCCCUCGACUCGUGCAUCACAUUCACUCACCAAAGUGUACUGCAGUUUCUAGACUCGCCGGAAGCUCAGGCUGGCAUAUCGGGUACUAUGGCUGACUUCGACACCGUCGACGCUAUCUCUCAGCUACUUUUAGCGACUCUGAGAUAUGCAGAUAAACAGUUCGACCCAGCGCAAUGGUCGACGCUCAUUCGCGCCCUUUCCUGUGUACGUACGCGCAGCAGCCUGGACAAGGCGCCAUACCAUUUCCUGGAGCAACUGGAAAUGGUUAUCUAUCACAAGAUCGGGCAGCCUUUGUCCGUCAGUGAAACGAGAGAUGCCGAGAUUACUGGGCUGUUGUGGAAUCCCAAAGACGGUCCACUUACAGUUGCGUUCCGUGGAAACACUGGGGAAUUCUCAAGCCGACUGUAUUGCCCAUUGGUCUUACCAAUAUAUCUAUACGCCGGUCUGGGCAAUGUUGAGUACGUCGCAUGGAAGCUCCGCCGCGCCCCAAGAUUUCCACGCAGCUAUCACGACGGACAGAUCAUUUUGACGUGUCUAUUUUCCAGCAUAGAAGCGUCAUUACCGGAUCCAGUGCAUCUCCUCGACUGCGUGUCGCUGUUACUGGAAGACGGCUACACGCUAUCGACGUAUCGACUGGUUUCUCAACUAAUACAGCUUCAAUGUCGAUCGAAAGAUUCUGCUUUACAGGAUUACAAAGAUCGGAAAGCCCUGAUUGGCAAAGCUCUCGAGAUGAUCAUGCGACGUUCUCCGAGCAAAACCAUUCCAAACCUUCUUCUCGAGUAUGCUUUGGAAGAAGGUUGCGAAGGUACCACAGGAGAACGUGUAAAAAUAUGGAUGACUUCGGAUAUGAUUCCGACUGCUGUUUUACAAAAUGAGUAUGUGGACUGGAAAGAUGCCCCAUCUUUGGCGAAGAUCAUCAAUAGCGGAAAGCGACGCGUCCCGCUGCGGAAAUUGGUCCAGUACUGCCAGUUCGACAACGGAAGAGAACUCCUACGCUUAGUGGAUACUAUGGCCAGGCCCCCGGGAUACUUUAAGCGUGUCUGGUAUGGUAAUGAAACCUCGAUCUUCGUCAUCGCAUGUUUGUUCGGUAAGAGUACCUAG